GGGGCCUGCGCAGCGCGACCGGGCCCUGCGCAGCGCGACCGGGCCCGGCCCGUGCGGCCCAGCGGAGCGGAGCUGAGCAGCGGCGGGCGGCGGCACAAGCGGCGGGGGGAGCGCGGGGGGCCGCCCACCGACCCCCGCCGCGCUCCAGGGAGCCGGGAGCGGCGGGCGGCCGUCGGGGAUGUCCUACAAGCCCAUCGCUCCCGCCCCCGCCACCCCCGGAGCCGCCAGCGCCAGCCCCGCCCCACCGGGGCCCGGGGCACCGUCUGCCGCCACGAGUGUCCCGUCGCCCUCCGGCUCCGUGCCCGGCGCCGCCGCCCCGUUCCGGCCGCUCUUCAAUGACUUCGGGCCGCCGUCCAUGGGCUACGUGCAGGCGAUGAAGCCCCCCGGGGCGCAGGGCUCGCAGAGCACCUACACCGACCUGCUCUCGGUCAUCGAGGAGAUGGGGAAGGAGAUCCGGCCCACCUACGCCGGCAGCAAGAGCGCCAUGGAGAGACUGAAACGGGGCAUCAUCCACGCCCGGGCGCUGGUCAGGGAGUGCCUGGCGGAGACAGAGCGAAACGCCCGCACGUAACGGCUGCUGUCAGCGGGACCCCCGCCCCCUCCCGCACGCCGCCCGCCGGGGCUGGGCGCUGCCGUGCUGCCUGCGCUUCCCGCUCUCUUUAUAAAUGUGUGUUUUUAUAAAUAAAGGACGUGGCUGGGA